CCUCCGCCUCACACCGUGCCCAGCCCCCGAGGAGGCAGCUUGCUCCACUCCGGGCCUCCUCGCGGGGCUCGCAUGGUCUUGCCCUGUGACCCCAUGGGGCUGGGGGAGCGCUUCGGGACCGCUCUGUGGCGAGACAUGCUGGGGUCGGAGGCCUGGGCGGCGCUCCGGCGCUGGGAUUGAGCGUCCUGGUAGCACCUUUGGCUUCAAAGGCUUUCACUUGGAGAAAUGAGACACACAGCAUGUUCCCCGGGCGAGCAGCAGGGAGAAAGGGCUGGCUCCUCAGCCACCCAUGGCCCCAGGGAGCGUCUCCAACGGUACUCGGAGUACUGGGAUGGAUCUGGGGUUGACCAGGCUCCGGUGGGGUGCUGGGACUUCUUGGCUGUCCUCCUUUCAUUGGGGUCUUGGCUUGGCUACUCUUGUAAAAAGGAGCCGUUGAAUCUGAAAGAUGAAACGUAAAGCUGAGUUGAGACAAGCCUGGACUAUUUCCUCAAUGCCUCCUGCGUUUGGGCAGGGAGUGAGGAGCAAAGGCAUGGGGAAGUCCUGUUACGCUGUGCCAGCCUCCUGUCUCCCUGUGCAGCUGGGCUUUGCAUGUCUCAUGGGAGGCAGAGUUCAGCCCCACAGCUCCACAUCAAAACCCUGCCUACAUGACUCACAGAGGCUUGUCUUUCUUAUUGUGGUGAUUGUGGUGUUCUCACGGAAGAGGCAGAUGACAUCUGGUGACUCCUGGAUAGUUCGGGGGAAUUUACAGUGGAUUGUUGGUGUUAUUACAGUUUUAUAGAAUAAUAAUUCCACAAUUCUUACUGUUUAUACCCAGCAGGUAGUAGCAUUUGUCUGUCCUUUCGUUGAUGUCUUGCUGCAGUUUUGUGUUAGGUAAAGUUCGUUCAUGAUGAUUGCCCUCUCCCACACCUCAGUUGAAGGGUCCUCAGCACAGCAGGGAUCACAUUUCAAGGAGGAGCUGAGGGAACGGAUGUCACUAUCCCCACAUAACAGUGCCUGCGUGGAGAUGUCAGAUCACUGACGCUGGUUGGGGGCUUUGGCUGCUGUACUAGCCUGGCUGGGUGCCACUCCUUGACAUUUCCCAGGUUCCUGUCAUGCAUCAAGUCUGGGAGUAUUUGGCAGCUUCUCACCUUGAGUCUGUUUCUUCUCCACUCCUGAGUCCUGAGAGAUUGCUAUGUAGAGUGGGGUUUUGCAGUACCUUCAGAAGAGUUUUUCCCAACCGUGUCAGAACAUGGAAGAGUCCAGAGCACAUCCUGAAGGACAAAUCUGGGAACCUUUUCUUCCGAUUGCAGGCCAGCAAAGAUGCUGCUGUAGAUGACUGACACACUUGUGCCUCACAUGCUAUGGCUCUACAUGGCGUCUGCAGGACCAGACCAUGCUAGUCUGGGCCCCAAACAGCAGAAGAGCAUUGGGCUGGAGUCAGGCACCCUUUCAGCAGAAGGACCUGAGCCGUGCUGGGCCUGGUGCCUUGCUCAGCAGCAGGCAAAACCCAUCUGGAAUUUAGAGGAGAGAUAUGAGAGUGCUUUCCAGGAUCGCAUCCUGCUCCCCUCAGGGAUCCCUCUGCAGCAAUCCCGCCACUUGUGCUCACCGUCACUAUGCCAUGCACAGCCCACUGAAGACAGCCUCCAAAGGCCUCCAGACACUGGCUCUGUCAAGGGAAGUGUGAUGUCGUCCAUGCUGAUGGAGCCUUGCCUGCUGGUAGAGGAGCGCUCUGGAACUGGGGUCAAAGACUCUGCCCUCAGUUCAGGUCAGCAGGCUGCCAGCUCCUCUAGACCAGUGCUCAAUAACAGCUCCUUCCUAUGGCCAAGCAGUGCUAAAGUGCCUUUUCUGCAGUCACUGAAGAUGAAAAAGGUGGAAAACACCCAGAGUUUUCCUGCUGUUUCAUGGUCUCACUCUGGAGACAAUAGAGAUAACUUCCCUAGCAGCCUGAUCAACAGAGCAGUGACAAACAGCAGCGCUGUGUCAGAGCAAAACACAAUCCCCUCCCUUACCCCUGUGCCAAGCAGUGUGAUCCUGAGGAAGGAGCAGUGCUUGUUGGAUGGUGCUAAGGGGAGAUUUCAAAGCUCAAAAGAGAAGGAACUGGAGAAGAGCCUCUUGAAGGCUGUGCAGCAGCUACCUUGUCAGGCUGUCACACACAGAGGCUCUGGGUGCCGAGUCAAAAGUUCCAGCCUUACAAAUGUGGGCAGCCUGUCCAACCAGAACAGCAGGAGGAGGCAGCAUGCCAGAGUGCAGAUCAUCCGGAAAGAAACCAUUGCUCCCCUGAACCUGGAGCUGGGGAGCCAUUGCCUUACCAGUAACUCAAGCCUUAUGGGCACCUGUGAUGCUGUUGCCCACACUAAGUGGAUCAGUGAUUGUCCCUUGGCCUCGUAUGCUGGUGCUCCUGACUGCAGCACCGGCUGCUGUCCCAAGGACAUGCUGAGCCCUCUGUGUGUGGGGGACUGCCUGGCAAGAACAGAGCCUCUGCACUUCACUGCCAUCUCUGAAGUGGCAGCACAGGUGUCCACCAUCCAACUGGAGAAAGAGGAGAAACAGGCCCAGGCUGUGGUCCCAGGGAAGCUUAAUGCUACUGCUGAGAAGUCACUGCUGGAGCUGAGCCAUCCCCAGGAUGAAGCAGAGGAAGAACUUCCUGAUGGCCUGGACGAGAGCUGCAGUCAAGAGGAGUAUGAGGACAGUGACUCAGAUGCUUCCUCUGAUGCCGAUGUGUCGUCCAGUGGCUCCGUGACUCCCGUAUCCAGGAGUUGCAUCGAGUGCCUGGCCCAGCCUGCUGAGGCUCAAGACAAAGUGCUCAAACCAGCUCUUGUCUGCAGUUUAUUCCCUAAUGUGCCUCCAACUAUCUACUUCAGUACUCGGGAUGAGACAGUGGAAAAGCUGCCUUGGGAGCAGAGGAAGCUGCUGCGAUGGAAGAUGUGCAGAGUCACGCCUAACAUAGUGAAGCAAACCAUUGGCAGGUCCCACUUCAGAGUUAGCAAAAAAAGCAAUGACUGGCUGGGUUGCUGGGGCCACCACAUGAAAUCCCCUGGCUUCAAAGCCAUAAGGGAGCACCAAAAGCUAAACCACUUUCCUGGUUCAUUUCAAAUUGGAAGGAAGGACCGUCUGUGGCGCAACCUGGUGAAGAUGCAGGCUCGCUGUGGGAAAAAGGAGUUUAAUUUCUUCCCUCAGUCCUUCAUCCUGCCCCAGGACAUCAAAUUACUCAGGAAAGCAUGGGAGGAAGGAGCUAGCCGACAGAAAUGGAUUGUGAAACCACCAGCAUCAGCAAGAGGCAUUGGUAUCCAAGUCAUCCACAAAUGGAGCCAGCUCCCCAAAAGGAGACCACUGCUAGUACAGAGAUACCUGCACAAACCCUACCUCAUUGGCGGGAAGAAGUUUGACCUGAGGAUCUAUGUUUACGUCACUUGCUAUGAUCCCCUCAGAGUCUACCUGUUCAAGGAUGGAUUGGUUCGCUUUGCUAGCUGCAAGUACUCCUCCUCAAUGGAGAGCCUCAGCAACAAGUUCAUGCACUUGACCAACUACAGUGUGAACAAGAAGAACAUGGAGUACAAAUCUAACUCAGAUGAGACUGCUUGUCAGGGGCACAAAUGGGCACUCAAAGCUCUCUGGAGUUACCUGACACAGAAGGGAGUUAAUAGUGAGGCCAUCUGGGAUAAGAUUAAGGACAUCGUUAUCAAAACCAUCAUUGCUUCUGAGCCCUACGUGAACAGCCUGGUGAAGAUGUAUGUGCGCCGGCCGUAUUGUUGCCAUGAGCUGUUUGGGUUUGAUAUCAUGCUGGAUGAAAACCUCAAGCCCUGGAUCUUAGAAGUCAACAUUUCCCCAAGCCUCCACUCCAACUCCCCACUGGAUGUGAGCAUCAAGGGCCAGAUGAUUCGGGACCUCCUCAACCUCGCUGGCUUUGUUCUGCCCAGCAUGGACAGUAUGGCCUCAAGGACACAGACAAGAAGUGGUUCUACCUGCAGUCUGGGCAGUGCUUUAAAGGAGAAGCCCAAGCCAGUAUCUGAGCAUUUGAGAGCAGAGAAGAUGAAGAAGGCCUAUUACUUGAUGCAGAAGAUACCUGACCAGGAUUUUUAUUCUUCUGUCUUGGACAUCCUGACUCCAGAUGAUGUUCGCAUCCUGGUGGAGACAGAGGAUGAGUAUUCCCGGCGUGGGCAGUUUGAGCGGGUGUUCCCCAGCCACAUCUCCAUGCGGUACCUGCGCUUCUUUGAGCAGCCUCGUUACUUUAACAUCCUGUUGACCCAGUGGGAGAUCAAAUACUACUUGAACAGACACAAAGGUCUGGAGCUACUGAAGAACUGGUGUGUCAAAGGUUACCACACUGGGGCAGGGACAGAUUUUGCCCAGAUGUGGUCAUCGCCAAAGUCGUUCUUCCUCCAGAAGAGUAGCAUUCAAUCAAACAGCUUCAGCAAACUGGAACUGGGCAGACUGGGCACAUGCCUCCCUUCAGCUGGUGAGGAUCUCAUGAGAUGCCUGGAGCCCAGCCCUACUCAGAGCUUACCUCUCAACAAGUGCACUGGUGGAGCCAACCAGAGACCUGCUGGCUGCCUCUCUGACACUGCCCUAGUGAUGUGACCAAGCAGCCACCGUCCCUCCCUGGGGACAUAUCAACCUACCUCAAAGGAAGAGACAGGAGCUGGCUCUGUAGAGCAAGGACUGUGGGAGCCCCUUGCACUGCACACUUGUUUUGGGGCUGGUUGUAGAGAGGGAUGUUUUCCUGGGCAAAGAGGAGACCUAUGUGACUUCACUUUCUAAAACAAGUGGCAAAGCCUGAGGAAGUGGGGGUUAUCUGGCCUUUGUUCUAGACUGUUCUUGAAGCCUGACAUGGUGGUUUCUUUGCUGCGUGGGAGCUGACUGAGCCUGCCCUUCUUGUCCCCAGUCAUCACAGGCUGAGCCCUUGCUCGCCUGUGUCUGUGUCCUGAGUUGCUGGCAGCUGAGUCUGCUCUUGCCCUGCUGCAGCCUGGCCCCUGGAGAUAGGUCCCUAGUCCUCACGCCUGGGAGGAAAAACUGCCCAGUUUCAUCCUUUCUGAAUGUCUGUGCCAGCAUCUUGCUCUCCCCCAGGAACAGGCCCUGCAGGAGAUGUCUGAGGCUUGCACCACAGCUCAAGAGAGACCACGAGUACUAGUGUGGCUCCAGUUUGUUGUGGGGGCAGGAGGGCUGCUGGGGAGGCAGCAUCCUUCUCAGGGCCAUUGGCUCUCUGGUGUGCCCUGCAGCAUGUGUGCACAGACUGCAGGCUUAGUGCUCUUCUCCUGAGUCUGCUGUCCAUUUUCCCUUUGUUUCUCAAGGAUUUCUAUUAAACUUUUAAC